AUGAACCUCUUACAUCAACCGAUUGUGAGUUUAAGAGGACACUUAAAAAGAAUUCGAAUUAAUUUAGAUUUCUCGGAAUACGUUGACCAUUGUUUAAAUGCAUCAUCUUUAGAUGAAAAGCUUGAAUUGCAUUUCGAUGCUAUGACGACAAAUGUCUUUGAUGACUCCAGUGUCAAAUUUACGGUGGAUCUACACAUUCAAGAAGAGGUGCAAUGUCUUCCUUGUGAAAUUAACAUCGAUGCUAUAAUCACCAACUGCAUAUCCGCUGUCUCUAUUCUGGAUAAUGUUUCUUUGGACAUUGACCUUUGUCCAGGUAAAAGUAUGGAGAUCACACGUACGAAGAAAAUCCCCUUGGCCUUGCUCGGUCGGGUGUCUGGUGAAGCCAAACUGAGCGUAUAUAUGCUGUUCCCGCGAAAGAUUCGUUCAGAGAGAAUUUCUGCUUUCCUUUCGGAUGAUGAACAACGUGAUUUUACCGAUGAGCUUCUCCUCCCAGCUCUCCGGUCGACUCUUGAAAAGUCCGACUUUAACCGCAUUGACAAAAGCUACAAGGCCGCAGUUUCUCGUGGACGGGGUUGUGUCCCUAAUAAUAUCGUUGAUGGGGAGGAUCUCAACAAAACUGUGAAGACGCUUCGUAGGAUGAUCGUCGUCAACGAAUCCCUUUUGGGGAAAUACAAGGACUUUGUCGUUAUUACCAGCGCGUUUGGAUUUAAACGCAAAUUUAGAGGUACAUCCUUCCGGGAUGUACUUUCAUCCACCAUUGAUUGGAGUAAAGUCGAUGAGCAAGCAACUUUUUUGGAUCUUGGAGUCAACUUUGAGACGCGAACCGAGAAUGGCGAUAGUCUGAUAUCAUUUGUAAAGACUAGCGAGAUGACUGGUAUUGCCAGCAUUUUUUGUGGUGAAAAACCAAAAGUUGAGCCAAUGAAUAUGGUUCUGGCUAAUUUCGGUGGUCUUAAGGCAUUAAGCAAAUCUAAAGAACAUGGUUAUGCAUCCAAAUUUAUUGUUUACAGUGAUGUCAAUGGCCUCUACCAAAAAGCAAUGGAAUGGUGCGCUACUCGAUUGGAAGAAAGCGAACAAGAUCGGUAUACCCUGCGUGCCGAACGUCGUUUUUUGGCGUCCGCUAUUAACAGCGAUUUUAUAAACUACUUCAAAAAUAAGUUCCGUGACCUUAUUCCUGGUUCCUGUUACCAUUUUCGCACGCAGGACUACAUGUCAUAUAUCACCUGUCGUCUGAACCUCUUGGAUGAGAUGGCACAGGCCUUGAAAGGUUGUGAAGACAUUUGUUCUCUUUCCGGUGUUGCCCUGGCUCUUGUUCCUGUUUACCUUCAUUCAAAAAUUCAUUUUACGGUUCGUAUUCAAUGCGAACAUGCCUUCAUCCUAUUCAUCAUGACUUAUCCUUGCCCAAGGAUUUUUAAGGAUGCAUCCUAA